CACAAUGAACAUGGAUGACAUAAAAGAAGAGGACAUCUAUGACUUUCUGCCAGAGCAUUUGUCUGCAGACACGAAAGAUAGUCGUACUUGGACACCAGUUUGCAAAGAAGAACCACUUUUGUCACAUGAAUAUGAAGGGGAGGAGAAGUCUCAAGUCAUGCAAUUUGGUGGUGAUGAGAGCACUUCUACAAUUCAGCCAUCAACUCCAUUACAACAAGGAAAAUCUUUUAAGAUGAUUAAAGAAGAAAACAUUGAUGAUUUCCUUCCGGAGUAUUUAUACAGAACAAAAGAGGAAGAGAAUGAUACUGACACACUGAACGUGAAAGAAGAAGCCCUGGACAUGAAAAGGGAAACAGAAGAAGCCCUGGACAUCAAAAGGGAAACAGAGUCUUCUCUAAUGGAACAAAAAGCAGACAUGGCCCCAAUUGGUGAACACCAGGCAGCGCACAAUAACGCAGACAAAUACCAGUGUGACACAUGUGGGAAAGGAUUUAAAUAUAAAAGUGCCCUCAUUACCCAUCAGAGAACACACAGUGGAGAAAGGCCUUACCAGUGUACUGCAUGUGGAAAAGGCUUUACACAGAAAAAUGGUCUUAUCAAGCAUCAGGGAACUCAUACUGGGGAAUGGCCUUACCAGUGUGCUACAUGUGGAAAAGGCUUUGCAGAGAAAAGUGCUCUCAUCACCCAUCAGAGAAUCCACACUGGAGAGAGGCCUCACCAGUGUGCUACAUGCGGAAAAGGCUUUAAACAGAAAAGUGCCCUCAACAAGCAUCAGAGAACUCAUGCUAGGACAUGGCCUUACCAGUGUGCUACAUGUGGAAAAGGCUUUGCAGCGAAAAGUUCCCUCAUCACCCAUCAGAUAUACCAUACUGGAGAAAGGCCUUACCAGUGUACCACAUGUGAGAAAGGAUUUGCACGAAAGUGUGAUUUCAUCAGGCACCAGAGAAUCCAUGCUGGGGAAAAGCCUUACCAGUGUAAUAGAUGUGGAAAACGCUUUACAGAAAAAAGUACCCUCAUCAAGCAUCAGAGAACUCAUACUGGAGAAAAGCCUUACCAAUGUAAUGCAUGUGGGAAAAGCAUGACACAGAUAAGUAACCUCAUCGCCCAUCAGCGAAUUCAUACUGGGGAAAAGCCUUACAAGUGUGCCACAUGUGGAAAAGGCUUUGUACAUAAGUAUGAUCUCAACAAGCACCAGAGAAUCCAUACUGGUGAAAGAUCUUACCAGUGUAUUACAUGUGGAAAAAGCUUUGCAGAAAAACGUUACCUAAACAGGCAUCAGAAAAUUCAUCUUGACUAAAAUGAACACCAGUGUUCUUCAG